GAGCUCCGCGUCAGAGCUGGGAGAGGCGAGGUGCUCCCCCUCCUCCCCUGUCGGCCCCCUCCCUCUGCCCCCGCCUCCCGGUCCUCGCCCAGCCGGGAGCGCCGGUGAUAGGACGAGCCCCGGGCGUGCAUUGUGUAUAUGCAAACCAGAGCCCGGUUCCCCAGGUCUGCCCGACCCCGGCCGGGGCUGCGGCUGCGGCUGGCGCUGCCGUGGGCGCCGCUGCCCUCGCCCGAGCCCCGCACUGCCAUGCUCCUGCCGCGCGGCGGGCCAAUGCGUCCCCGAGUCGCUAUAUAAGCGCAGGCCAGGGGACACCCGGAGGGGCUGAAGAUGAGGGUGCCCGCGCAUGGGCCCCCGCCGAUUGCCAACCCCUCCCGAGCCCGCGCCCCGCGCGGAGCCCACGGCCGCCGAGGACCCGCCUUCGCCACAGUAGCAGCUGGGGCUGCGACAGAGGCGGCAGCUGCGGCGGCGCCCGUCGCGCGAGCGCGUAGAGCAGCGGCCGCAGCUCCGGGGCCGCCGCUGCCCCGGCUGCCAUGAGUUGUGCGGAGGUGAUGUAUCACCCCCAGCCGUAUGGAGCGCCCCAGUAUCUGCCCAACCCCGUGGCAGCUGCAACCUGCCCCACAGCCUAUUACCACCCGGCGCCCCAACCUGGCCAGCAGAAGAAGUUAGCGGUAUACAGCAAGAUGCAGGACUCUCUGGAAGUCACCCUUCCCAGCAAACAAGAGGAGGAGGAGGAGGAGGAUGAGGAGGAGGAGGAGGAGGAGAGAGACCAGCCUGCCGAGAUGGAGUACCUUAACUCUCGCUGUGUCCUUUUCACUUAUUUCCAGGGAGACAUUGGGUCAGUAGUGGAUGAACACUUCUCAAGAGCUUUGGGCCAAGCCAGCACCCUUCAUCCAGAAUCUGCCAUUUCAAAAAGCAAGAUGGGGCUAACCCCCUUAUGGCGAGACAGCUCAGCUCUCUCAAGCCAGCGGAGUAGUUUCCCGACUUCCUUUUGGACCAGCUCUUACCAGCCCCCAUCUGCACCCUGUUUGGGGGGAGUUCAUCCUGACUUCCAGGUCACUGCACCCCCUGGCACCUUUACUGCCGCUGACCCCAGCCCCUGGUCAGGACAUGGGCUGCAUCAGACUGGCCCCGCCCCUCCCCCUCCCGUGUCCGAGUCCUGGCACUACCCUUUGGCAUCUCAGGUGAGCCCGUCCUACAGCCACAUGCAUGACAUGUACAUGCGGCAUCACCACCCCCACAUGCACCACCGCCACCACCACCACCACCACCACCAUCACCACCACCCUUCUGCUGGCUCUGCCCUGGAUCCAUCCUACGGGCCCCUGCUGAUGCCGUCUGUGCGUGCGGCCAGGAUUCCUGCUCCCCCGUGUGACAUCACAAAAACAGAUCCGACUACAGUCACCACUGCUACCUCAGCGUGGGCCGGAGCCUUUCACGGAACCGUGGACUUAGUGCCAAGUGUGGGGUUUGAUACAGGUCUACAGCAUCAAGACAAGAGUAAGGACUCACCAUGGUACUGAAACACACAGUAUUAGCAAGUUAGAUUGAAGCGUGAAUCCAUGGGCCCACUGGGAAAAGAUGCUGCCAGGGUUUGUCAUUCUGCAGUGGGACACAGUAGACAUGGAAGGAAAAGAGGAAGUGUUAUCCAGCUGACUUUGGUUUGGAGCCUUUUCUUGAGAAAGCAGAGUGGGUCAUAGACAUUGAAGAAAAGCAUUUUUGUUUAUAUUUUCCCUCAUCUGAGCCUUUGCCAACUGUGCAACUCUCUUUUAUUUUUUGUCUUGCUUUUAACAAUACAUGGUUUAAUUUUUGUUUCAGUUCGACACUUUUUUUGAGUUUUUUUUUUUUUCUUUUUGAACCAACCACCUUGUCAGGAAAAGAUGAACCACAAAAAAAAUGAUCAUUCUUUCAGGAAUAAAAUUUUGUAGC